UAUAAUAAAAAAUAAUUUUUUUAUAUGUUAUAUUUUGAAUUUUUAAAAUGACUAUAAAUUACUAAAAACGUUAAAUGUUUCACACUAAAAUUUUGUGAUUAAUGGUUUAACUAUCACUAGGCUACCUCGUUUGGGUUACAUUUUUUAUAAGUCUCUUGUAAAUGACAUAAUUAGAAUCACCUAAUAAAUUCCAAGAUUUCUGGCAGCACUUUCCUUUGCAUAUCUGGUAUAAAAAGUGAUUCUAGUCUCUCUAUUUGAUUCUUUUUUAUAUAUAUUUUAUUCUGAUAAAAGCAAAGCAAAGUAGAUUCAAACAAAACACAAGUAUCAUACAUACAUGUUUUAAGUUAAAAACGACAAUAGUAAAUAGCACAAAGGAUAGAAUACAAGAGAGUCAGUGAGUGAGAGACCCAUAAAACAAAAUAAAAAGAAAGAUCCCAUUGGGUUUGCUACUUUACCCACACCGUGAUUGAUGGUCACACUCCAUUGUCCACACUCUCACCACCACAAGCUCUCGAUAUUCUACAAAACCACUCGGCAUCUUUUUUAAUUUCACUUUCUAAAAAGCUGUUUUUGGCUGGCAGCAGUUUAUUCAUUCUUUUAACUCGAGUUUCACUUUUGACCCUACUAUUUUCCACUUUUAUUAAUUUCACUCUCCUCUUCUUUACGCCUCAACUAACUUAACGACGAAGCCCUCACUCACUCAUUUUCCUUUAUAUAUACACCACCUCCACGCCCAAAGACACAACAACUCCCAACAGAACAAGAAAUGGAUUGGUUCUCAUGGUUGUCGAGAACAAAUCUCGAACCUUGUCUCAUCCACGAAUACAGUCUUUCCUUCUCCAAGAACGAGCUCGAACACGAAGACAUUGCCUACUUCAACCACGAGUUUCUCCAAAGCAUUGGCGUCUCCAUCGCCAAGCACCGUCUCGAGAUCCUCAAACUCGCGCGUCGAGAGCGCAAGAGAUCUCCUCUUCUCACCUCUCGCUCCAUCUCCAGAGUCGUGGUUGCCAUCAAGAAAACAAGCAGGUGUGUCUCUGACCACGUACGCGCAUGGAUCCGCUGCGAAGAAGAGUCUUCUCGAGCUCUGGUGCUUGUACCUAAGAGAAGCAGUGGGGUCGGGAAGUGGAGAGGAGGGUUUAUGAAGAGAAGCAAGAGAUCUGUGAUGCCGAGUAGCGCAAAUGGUGGAGGAGUUCAUAAGCAGCAAGAGGUGUUGCUGUUGACCAAUGGGACUCCUUGUAGGAUCGAUAGCUUCUCGAGUCCCAUGGUUUUUGAUUACAGUUUCAGGGAGGAGAUGGUUUAUAAGGAGAACAGCCAAGAUACUUAUCUUGAAGAGAUCAAGUGGGACUCCAUGUUUCAGAAUCUGAAACCUACUUGAAGUUCUGUUUCUUUUUGUUUCUUGAUGGUGAGAGAUGAGGUUUUAGUGUUCGUUCUUCCAUCAGAAGUUUUGCAUCUGUUCUUGUGCUUUGAGUGUGUGUGAUUAGUGCUGUUGUUAGGCUAAUUAGUUUUGUUAAUUUUUAAAAAAAUAGGAUUGAGUGCUGAGUGUGUCAGGUCAGGUGAGUGUGGGUAAUCAUGUUGUGUAAUGAGUCUUGUCUCUUCAUUCUUUGCUGUUUGCCUAAGUCUUUGUUCCAGUCAAAAAACUUUCUUUACAGCUUUUA